CCCUUUGUCUGUGGGGACUCAGGAUGAACGCUGGAACGAAGCAUCCUAACCCUCCAACUUCCUGUCCGCCCGGACUGAUUUAAGUGUAGCUCAGCCGGCAUCAAGGGCCGGGUCGGUGAUUGAGGAGCCCAAGGAGUUGGGGGGAAAAAUCAAUAAAAUUACAGUUAAAGAGAAAGAGGAGAAAACUCAGCGCAGGAAUCCGGGUUGUUUCCAUAGAAACCGUCCCCUUGAUUUGCAGCAGCCGAGGGCCGAGUUAUUCAUUGGGAACGUGUUGUGUGGGGACGGAAGUGGCCGGGAUCAUGAUCGAGGCCGUGGCAGAACUAGACACCGAGAACCAGAUCUUCUACUCGGUGCUGCUCUUCUCCUGGGCCGUGUACCUGUGGGAGGCCUACCUGGCCCAGCGGCAGCGCAAGACAUAUAGAGACACCACACUGGUCCCAGAGGAACUGGGGAUGAUCAUGGACUCUGAAACAUUUGAGAAAUCUCGUCUCUACCAGCUGGAUAAAAGUAACUUUGGAUUCUGGUCUGGGCUUUAUUCAGAAACCGAGGGAACGCUUAUCCUGUUGUUGGGAGGAAUUCCCUUCCUCUGGAAAGUGUCUGGAAACAUCAUGGGGCAUUUCGGGCUAGGACCUGAGUAUGAGAUAACUCAGUCGUUGACAUUCUUAUUUCUGGCGACCUUGUUCAGUGCAACCACGGGUCUCCCCUGGAGUAUUUACAACACCUUCGUCAUUGAGGAGAAACAUGGUUUCAAUCAACAGACUUUGGGUUUCUUUUUUAAAGAUGCCUUGAAGAAAUUUGCAGUAACUCAGUGCAUUUUGCUGCCUGUGACCUCGCUGCUAUUGUACAUUAUUAAAAUUGGUGGAGAUUAUUUUUUCAUCUAUGCUUGGCUCUUCACAUUAGUUGUUUCUCUGGUGUUGGUAACCAUCUAUGCUGAUUAUAUUGCACCACUGUUUGAUAAAUUUACUCCACUUCCCGAGGGAGAGUUGAAGUUGAAUAUUGAAGAAAUGGCCAGGAGUAUCAGCUUUCCUCUAACUAAGGUUUAUGUUGUUGAGGGAUCAAAGAGAUCUUCACACAGCAAUGCAUAUUUCUAUGGGUUUUUUAAGAACAAGCGUAUUGUUCUGUUUGACACGCUACUUGAAGAUCAUUCCCCAUUAAAUAAAGCGACAGCCAAUGACAACAUUGAUACGCAGACGGCUGCUGGAGAUAGCAAUGAAAAUGAGACCGCCGAGUCCAAACUAAGACCAAAAAACAAGAGACAAGGCUGCAGUAACCAAGAAGUUCUGGCUGUGCUAGGUCAUGAGCUUGGACACUGGAAGCUUGGUCAUACUGUUAAAAACAUCAUCAUUAGCCAGGUGAACUCUUUCUUUUGUUUUUUCCUCUUUGCUGUUCUCAUGCACAAAAAGGAGCUUUUUUCUGCCUUUGGUUUCUAUGACACCCAGCCAACUCUCAUUGGGUUGAUGAUCAUCUUCCAGUUCAUCUUCUCCCCCUACAAUGAGGUUCUCUCCUUCAGCCUGACCGUACUGAGCAGGAGAUUUGAAUUCCAGGCAGAUGCAUUUGCAAAGGAUCUGGGCAAAGCCACGGACCUGUACUCUGCACUAAUAAAACUGAACAAGGAUAAUCUGGGUUUCCCAGUGGCGGACUGGAUGUAUUCCAUGUGGCACUAUUCCCAUCCUCCUCUCCUCGAGAGACUUAGAGCCUUAAAGGACAAAAAGGACUGAGGGAAGAUGAGAAGGAAGUGGAACUUUCAUCCUGAAGAAAUAAAAUUGUUGUUUUUUUUUUGUUUUUUUUUAAAUUUCUCAUUCCAUGAACAGUGCAGCUUUGCACUGGCUGCUUGUAUGUUGGGAACCGAGUAAUGAUCUGAGUGCAUUUAACUUGUGUACUGGCUGACAGUGCCAGCAGUAUAGAUCAAUCUGAUAUUGUAAGUUGUUUAAGAAUACAUUGGGACUUGAAUUUGUUUUUAAUUUAAAGCAGUGCAAUGCCUAAUGUGGUACAAAUAAGACAGUAUAAGCCACACCAUCACAGGUACCCAGUAAUGUGUAUAUAUAUCCUAUGAUUAACAUUGCAUCAUAUCGGAAAUCUUAUCCCAAGUGCUCUUGGAUAUUGCUUUGUCUACUUCGCAUUUAAAGUAAACGUUCAUUUCCGUAAAGUCUUUUUUUUUCUACUCAUCGUCUAGCAAAUAUCUUUUAGAUCUGCAAACUAUGAAAUUACAUUUAUAUCAUUUUAAAAAUAAGUGUUUGUUUUAAGGGACAACUACUGCAUUCAGAAUGAUCCUAGAGAACAGUAACUCUGAAAUGCAGAUUCAAGCGACAGAGCCUUGGCUUAAGUUGUAAAUGUGUCUGGUCACCGAUUUCACUAAGCGUGACCUUUCAGUUCCAAAGAUAAACUAUGUUUAGGUUUAGCCUUUGGGGGUAAGAAAGGAAUUUGUCAAUCUUUAACCACUGUAUCAUGAAAUUGUAGGAAGGGGAAGGGUGCAGAGUUUGGGUUUAAUGAGCUGCCUGUCCAUUCUCAGGAUCUGUUUGGUAAAUCUGCCCUAGCUUAGACAAGGGAGGUUUUGAGUUAGCCAGCAGUACUAUAUUUGGCCUUAUUUCCCAGAAAAUCAAUAGCCUGUCCGUAUGUGGCCAUUAAAAUGAGGACACCUGACAGGCAAAUUGCCUGCUGUCUUGGGUUCAAUGAAGAAUUGGCAAUGGACGUGCAGUGGAUCUUGCCCAUGGGGCUCCACUUGCAUUCGAGUCGAUGCAUUGAGGGAAAUGGAAAGGAAAGACAAUGUAUUCACUGAGAAUAUUAGUUAUCUUUGUUAACCAUGUUGGUGUGAAUUGGAUUUCUGCAGGUUGGCUCCGGUUCAAUCUUAGUUUUCAGGCCCAAGGUUAAAUGUGGAGGAUAAGAUUGUUUUCAGUUACUCAACUUCAUUUUGGCACACGUAGGAUUGAUGCCAGUGUAACUGUACUCUGCAAUAUCAUCAUAUCUUGGUAACAAUCAGUCUGCUUGUGUUUUCCGGUAAGUGUAGAGUGAGAUUUGUUCAACCUAGUGAUUCACUUUUUACACUUCUUUCCCAUAGGUAGUAAACACCCCUCAUUUUAUGUUGCUUUUACAACCAUGGUUUGUUGACCACAAGAGAUUGAAAUUUUCUUAUUUGGUUGCAAAUGGAGUAAUUAAACUCUGAAAGGAACCUGUCUUGUAACUUAAUUGGCAUGUGAACAUGGGUUUUUAUUUGAUAGCUAUUGUGUUGAUUCCUUUAUUUUUCUGUAUUGCUGAAAUUAUUUCAGUUCAUUCUGGUCAUGUUGAUAUGCAGCAAAAAAAACCAGAGUGAAGGUGCUGCUAACUGCAUUCAUUUAUUAAAUAACCAGUUCAGUGUAUGGAAAUAAAUGUUCACAAUGUGUACACGUUGUGGGAUGAAAGAGGUUUGUGCAUACUUUGAGUGAGACUUUGCUCCUGGUUUGUAAAGACACCAUACUGAAUUGUGAAGUUUCAUGGUACACUGUCAUAGCUUUGGGAAAUGGCAUCAAUGGGAUUGAAGUGACCCACUGCCCUUCCAACUGCUUGAGUUUGUUACCAGUUGAAGUGAGUAAACUUGUGGGUUUUCCCACCCUCUUUUCCUCUCUGUUACUCAUCCAUUCCAAGCUCUCUCUCCCAUCUCUGGUUGAAGACCACUUCUUCUUCCAUGACAUUGUGAGCUGGGAGUUAUGCAUGUGUUUUUCUUGGUGGGGGGGGGGGGGGGGGAGAGGAUGAGCGGCAGUGUUGCAGGGUCAUUGGGCACUGCUGCCUGGCCCAUUUCAGUUCUGCCCCCUUCAGCCACACAGAUCAAUCAGGAGCAAUUGGUUUUGGGGCUGCCCCUGGUAAUGUGAGGUGUAAUGGCCAGUUGUAUAUCCAGCAUCUGUGAACUGGGGACAGACAACUAAUCUUUGGUGUCAUGGAACCACACUGUGUGGCAGUUUUUUAACUCACUGGUCCACAGUCUCACAGAAACCAGUGGGACAUGAAAUGGAGCUGGUUUUUUUCAGUACGAGAUUUAUGUGUGGGGUUUGAUUCUUUGAAUUAGGCCCAGCCCUUGGCCUGUGACAAGUCUGUUCAAAGGACUAGAGUUUAGCCUGUUAACUAUGCAAAGUGGGGUUGAUUACUGUAAAUGUCAGUCAGAACCAGACAAAGUGAUGCAUAGUGAAUGGAAAAUAAUUCAUUGAAAAUCUGUAAGUUGCACGCCUGUAGUUAGUAUCAUCCUUUUAAUGUUGUUGACCUGAUUUUUAGUCCUGUGUGUAUUUAAAUAUUGGAGAUAAUUAACAUGGUUCUGAUGAAUCAUCCUGUUUAAAUUGGAUGGGCAUACUUCCAUAGUUUUUCAAAUUGUUCUAUGAUUAAAUGGAUGUUGGAGAUGGAAAAUUGAAACUGAAUUGACAUUAAAAUCUGGAAUUUUAAAAAAGAGGCGACCAUCGGAAAUACUCAGUAGGUCAGGCAGCAUCCGUGGAAGAGGAAACAGUAAUGUUUCACAUCAUUAAUCUUGUGUGUUAACUCUUUCCCUCUUCAGAGUUAACCUGCCAAGUACUAGUAUAAUCUUCUGUUUCAGAUUCCCGGGGCCUGCAGUACUUGGCUUUUCAUUAAAAUAAGGAAACUCUUAAAUAGAAGGUGAGCACCGGGGGAGAAGGGAAGUGCUAUUUUUUUCUCUAAAAGGUAAGAUAAUGUGCGUAGAAAGGAUUAAGGAGAGAUUUCAUUAGUCGGGGAUUUGCACAGGAAGCUGCUGGUGGGAUCUCUCAGUCUAUGUUCAGUUGGUUGAAUCUUGUGUGUAAUUUUACCUCUGGGGGGUGGGAGGGGGGAGGAGUCCUUAAAAUUGUGUUGUGAUCUAAAUUAAGGAAGAUUAAAUCAUUAAUUGGCAUGUUGGAAUUGUGAAACCAGCCUUACUCUAUAAAGAUGUGAAAUUCAGUUCCUUUGUGAUGGUAACUUUCAAUAAAUGGAAGAAAUGUGAAUCUGUGGGCAGAGUGACUUUUGUGACUUGCUCAUUGCUUUUCUUAAAAACAAUGUGCUACAAUUGAUCUACCUCUUCAAAAUUUUGAAGCUUGGUUAUGGU